AUGGCAUGCUCAUGGACCUGCUCCCGCAUCUUGGGCCUGAGUCUUGGGACAACAGCCCUGCUGGCUGCUGGGGCCAAUAUAUUGCUUCUCUUUCCUAACUGGGACACGACCUACCUGUUGAGGGGCCUUGUCGGCAAGCAUGCUAUGCUAGGCUCUGGGCUCUGGGGAGGAGGUCUCAUGGUGUUCACAGCUGCUACUUUCAUCUCCCUGAUUGGCUGGGGAUGUUGCUGCUUCAAAAGUAGGGGACCCUGCCGAAGUAUACUUACUGCUCUGUUGGCAAGUGGCCUGGCUCUACUUGGGGCCUUGAUUUGCUUUAUCAUAUGUGGAGUUGCCCUGAAGGAUGGUCCUUUUUGCAUGUAUGAUGCUUCUUUCUUUAAUGAGACACACACUUGGAAAUAUGGCUACCCAUUCAAAGACUUGCAUAACAGGAAUUAUUUAUACAACCAUUCCCUCUGGACCGCUGUCUGCCUGGAACCUGCUAAAGCUGUAGUUUGGCACGUGUCCCUCUUCAUCUUCCUCCUGUGCAUCAACUUGGUCCAGAUGAUCCUGGUGGUGAUUCAUUUCAUGAACAGCUUCCUGGGUCUUUUCUGCAUUCUCUGUAAGAAGUCAUAG